CGCACAAUCUAUUCACCACCUCCUCUAGUAAAGGAUGCGCGGUGACUUCUCGGUUCAUGGAUUUGACGGUUUCACUCCCGUUCACGAGGACGGAAUUACAAGCUCACUCACUCCAAUGGUGAGUUUCUUGGCAUAGCUAAAGGCAGAGCGCGCGAUGGCUGAGCCGCAGGCUUUCGAAUCCGUGGCGGGACCCUUGCACGAGCUCGCCUCCGAAGCGAACACUCCGACCUAUGACUCUGCGGAGAUUGCAGCGGCGGCGUCGGCGCUUAAUAUCCGCGAUACCCACGCCGCGGGCACGCGAACAUACCCGGACUUGUCGGCGGCUGCCUUCGCCGGUAGGUACCCGGUGUACGAGGGCGAAGGAGUGUACUCGAACGGACGGUACAGGGAGCACAUCAGCCCGCGGAUCGGCACCGGAAUUCGUGACAGUUCUGCUGAGAGGUGUCCAGGCACCGGGAAUCCACCUUGCGGUAUUAUGAAGGAUGGCUCAAAGCAGAGGCAGUCAAGAAAGAAGACCGUUUCCUUCAGCUCCAUGCCAAGUGACCGUAAGAUGAACAGCACAGCCGCCUGCAUGGCCUUCAUGAUGGAAGGCUGUGAGAUGAAGAAAGUCCGCUCCAAUUCACGCAUGUACAAUCGUUACUUCCUGCUAGACCCUGACAUGCGCUGGCUCCGCUGGGAGCCAUCCAAGAAAGACUCAGAAAAGGCCAAGCUUGAGAUCAAGAGCAUCAAAGAGGUUCGAUUGGGCAAGAAAACACCUGUCCUGCGCAACAACGGACUCUCUGAUCAGUUCCCGGAGGAGUGCGCUUUCUCAAUUAUAUAUGGAGACAACUAUGAGUCCCUGGAUUUGGUUGCAAGCACAGCUGAUGUAGUUAGCACCUGGGUGAUGGGACUGCGGUACCUGGUCUCCUAUGGGCGGCACAUGGUGGGUGUAGUUGAGGCCAGUCAGCCCAGUCUAAGAACGUCCUGGAUUGGCUCAGUGUUUGAGCUAGCUGAUCCAGAGAGGCAAGGAUACAUUGAUCUGUUUCGGGCCACCCAAAUCAUCAAGGGCCUCAACCCCGGUAUGAGGGAGUCUCGCAUUGAACUGAAAUUCAAAGAGCUACAGAAAGCCAAGGACUGCUAUGGCGAAGGCAUUGAUUUAGACACGUUUGUAGAGGCCUAUUGUGAACUGUGCACACGCCCUGAGAUCUUUUUCUUGCUGGUACAAUUCUCCAGCAACAAAGAGUACCUGGACUCCAAGGACUUGAUGCUAUUUGUUGAGGUGGAGCAGGGAGUGGAGGGAGUCACAGAAGAAAUGUGUCGGGAGAUUGUACAUAAGUAUGAACCCUCUGCUGAAGGACGCAACAAUGGCUACUUGUCCAUAGAUGGCUUCACACACUACCUCCUGUCAUCCGAGUGCCACAUUUUUGACCCGCAGCACAAGCGUGUUUGUCAGGACAUGACACAGCCCCUUUCACACUACUACAUCAACUCUUCCCAUAAUGCCUCACUUUUGGAGGAUCACUAUUGGGGCUCGUCAGACCUCAGCAGCUAUGUCAGGGCGCUACGCAUGGGCUGUCGAAGCUUAGAGGUUGUGGUUUGGGAUGGCCCUGAUUGUGAGCCUGUGGUAUAUGUUGGGAGUUCCGUUGCCUCCCAGCUGGCCUUCUGUAAAGUUCUGGAUGUCAUUAACCAGUAUGCCUUUGAGAGCUCAGAAUAUCCAAUGAUCCUCUGCCUUGUCACACACUGCAGCGUCCCCCAGCAAAGGGUCAUGGCUCAACACAUGAAGAAGAUUCUUGGAGACAAACUGCAUUUUGAGCCUCCCAAAGCAGAGGAUCACUACUUGCCCUCCCCUGAGAAACUCAAGGGAAAGAUACUCCUCAAAGGGAAGAGGCUGCCUCCAGACUUGCAAGACUCUGAAGGGGAAGUAACAGAUGAAGAAGGGUUUGAGAUGUCUAGAAGAAUGUUAGGUGGAGAUGAUAAAGAUCAGCUCAAUGGGAUCGGCUGCAAACGGUUGCGGCUCUGUAGAGAACUGUCAGAUCUAGUCACCCUCUGCAAGUCUGUACAGUUCAGAGACUUUGAGAUGUCGAAACGGGAACAGAAACAUUGGGAGAUUUGCUCCUUUAACGAGGUUGAUGCCAACCGCUUUGCCAAUGAGUUUCCCGAGGACUUUGUCUCCUAUAACAAGCGAUUCCUCUCACGAGUUUACCCUACACCCAUGCGCAUUGAUGCUAGCAACAUGAACCCACAGGAUUUCUGGAAGUGUGGUUGCCAAAUUGUGGCCAUGAAUUACCAGACUCCUGGACUGAUGAUGGAUUUGAACCUUGGCUGGUUUAGGCAAAAUGGCAACUGUGGCUAUGUCCUGCGUCCAGCCAUAAUGCGCGAGGAGGUGUCAUAUUUCAGUGCCAAUGCUCGUGACUCACUUCCUGGAGUGUCAGCCCAGCUUCUGCACAUCAAGAUAAUUAGUGGUCAAAACUUACCAAAGCCUCGGGGCUCAGCUGCUAAAGGCGAUGUUGUUGAGCCAUACAUAUAUGUGGAGAUCCAUGGAAUUCCAGCAGAUUGUGCAGAACAACGAACCAAGACUGUCUCGCAAAAUGGUGACAAUCCUAUUUUUGAUGAAAGUUUUGAAUUCCAGAUUAAUCUUCCUGAAUUGGCUGCUUUGCGAUUUGUUGUCCUCGAUGAUGACUACAUUGGCGAUGAAUUUAUUGGCCAGUACACCAUUCCUUUUGAGUGCCUGCUUCCUGGUUACCGGCAUGUCCCAUUGCAAUCACUUAUAGGGGAGUUCUUGCCUAAUACCACGCUGUUUGUUCACGUUGCCAUUACAAAUAGGCGAGGUGGGGGCAAGGCCCAUAAGAGGGGUCUUUCUGUGAGAAAGGGCCGCAAAACAAGGGAAUACACCUCCACCAAGACCACAGGGAUCAAAGUGGUAGAUGAGCUCUUUAGGGCAUCAACACAGCCACUACGUGAAGCAACAGACCUACGGGAAAAUGUGCAGAAUGCCAUGGUGUCGUUCAAGGAGCUCUGCGGGCUGACUCCAGCUGCUAAUAUGAAGCAGUGUAUCCUGACUGUGUCCUCCUGGAUGAUAAACAGCGAGCGGGCGCUGCGGGUGACAGUGGAUCUGAGCGGGGCCUACCCCACCAUGGAAGCGCAGGGCCCCAUUCCAGAGCUACUACGCAAAGUGCUCACCGCUUAUGACACGAUGAUCCAGACGAGUCGCACGCUGAUCGAAUCAGCCGACGUCGUAUACUCUAAACUCACACAAGCACAGCGAGCAGGGUUGGACUUUCACGAGGAUCUGCAUCGUAUCGGGGUGAGGGAAGGACUGAAAGGGAGGAAGCUACAGAAGGCCAUGGAGAGUUACGCUUGGAACAUCACUGUGCUGAAGGGCCAAGCAGACCUGUUGAAGCAUGCGAAAGGAGAGGUAGUAGACACUUUGCGACAGAUUCACUGUGCUGCUCACUCAUGCGGAUUGGUCAAGAACGGAGCCUCUACAUGCCCUGCGUCACCUCUACUGCUGGCCCACUCACGUCCCCUCCACACCAUCCACGAGUCUGAGACAGAUAACACCACUCUGCACUGAUAGAGAGCCAGAAAGAAAGAGAACAGAACAAAUAGCAACAAAGAAAGAUGAAACAGCAAAUAAACAGUUUUCUCAGUUUAUAUUGAGAAAAAGGUGUUCUUUGCCUCUUAGACCAGGGUUAGGAAACCGAGAGUCGGGUUGGAUGAGUCACUGAAGGAAACACAGGAGACAGUUUUACUUUGAUCAGUGUCAGGUCUGAAAUCGUUAUCCCCACCAUGGAGUCACAUCUUAAAGGAUUUCACUCUCCUGCUUUCCUGUAAUGGAGCUGCUGUAGAAAAAAGCUGUGAUUUGCCAUGACUUCAAUCAAAUGCAUACCCCAAACUUAAGCACAGUGGUUCUGCAAUUGGUUUUGCUUCAGGACCCAGAAUUUACAUUGGACAUCAAAUACAGUUAUUAUUGUACAAAAGAAUCAUUGAAAUGUAUUAAAAUAAUUGUGAAUAAUUGCACAGGCCCAACAAUAUGCCAAAUUAUUACCAUGACAUUGGCUGAACAGGAAUAGCACUUUUUAAAUGCUUAAACAAGCUGAAUUGUGAUUUACCAGCCUAAAGCAAAUGUUGUAUUACUAGCUAUAGACUUUAUUUGGAUGCAGUAGCCUUUGAUGACACAAUGUCAGAUAAAGGAUACAUUUCUUCUUCUUAAAAUUUUAUAAGCCUAUUUAUUGUGCUGUCCUAACUAUUCACAAUGAGGGGAGACAAGGGCUACUUUUUCCAACAGGGAAUAUUUCUCAGAGUUGGUUUAUUUUUGAAAGUCAAUAUCAGCAUAGCCACAUACUUAAAAUGAAAAUUAUCUUAUCAUUUACUCACCCUCACACCAUCCCAGAUGUAUAUGACUUUCUUUCUUCUGCAGAGCACAAACAAAGAUUUUUAGAAGAAUAUUUCAGAUCUGUGGGUCCAUACAAUGCAAGUGAAUGGUGAUCAGACCUUUUGAAGCUCCAAAAAGUACAUAAAUGCAGCAUGAAAGUAAUCCAGUGGUUAAAUCCAUGUCUACUGAAGCUAUCUGAUCGCUUUUGGGUGAGAACAGACCAAAAUAUAUAUCCUUUUUCACAAUGUGGCAGAACGACCAGCCCCUUCCUUUCGUUAAGGUCACCCCGCCUCUGAGGCCUAUCCCUCAGCCAGGCUCACAAUGAAAGUGUGCUGGAGUGAAAGGAGAGGUGCAAUUUAAUUACCCUCAUUUGGGCAGUGUAUGAUGAGGCGCAUCUGAUGUAUAUUCAUCUGUGAAUAUAGCCUCAUCACUGCUGCCAUAAGAACGUGCUUUUGGACACUGCCCUUACGUACACUGAACCGAUUCACUGACAGAUCCCACUUUAUUUUGGACAAUUCCCCCUUGAAUAAUUUAUUCCACUUUUUUGAACAUUUUAUGUUUAUUAUUUCCAAUAAAUGCCUCUCUGAGGCUCUCUCUCAUGCUCACCCCACCACAACUAUAAAUCUUGUCAGCAGUCUCCUUGGCAAUCAUGAUUUGAUUACACUUCCUAGCACUAUCUUGCGCUCUACGCAUGUGUCAAGCACUAGGAUGUGUAGUCAAGAUUGAAAUUAUCAUCGUGCCUACAGAAUGCAAUGGCAAGAUCUGCAGUGAAAAAGGAGUUAUAUUUUGGUCUGUUCUUACCCAAAACUGAUAAGAUCGCUUCUGAAGAUAUGGAUUAAACCACUGAAGUUGUAUGAAUUACUUUUAUACUGCCUUUUUGGUGCUUCAAAGUUCGGGUCACCAUUCACUUGCAUUGUAUUGGCCUACAGAGCUGAGAUAGUGUUCUAAAAAAUCUUGUGAAAAACUGUUCUUGUCUAGAAAACAACAUGCUCAAAUUGUCACACUAAAUGGGGCAAUUUGUCACAAUGAAACUUGCCACUAAACCAAUAGCAUAGGUUUCAUGUGAACAUAUGGGGGUGAUGGGGGAACGUUUCCCCACCAUCAUGACCACCAAAAUACACCUGCUUUAAACAGCCUAUUAAAGUCUUUAAAGCGAAAUUUAAAAAGUAAAACUACAGUGUAUAUGAAACACAAAACUAUUCAUGAAAUAACAAAAAUGGAAAAGGAUACACCAUUGUAUUACACCAAAAUAUAUGACACCAUUGUGUAAAUUUAAGACAUUUACUACACUUGACAACCGGCCCAGAUAAAAAUGUGACAACAUACCUUGACCUGACUGGAAAUAGUCCUUUGUCUUAACACAUUUAAACUUUUCGGUAUCAACUCUGCCUUCUUAAUAUAGUUGACCCUUGCCUGAAUGUUUACCAGUAUGGUGUGAUUAUGAUCCCUUGUUUACCCAAGAGCUAUAACAAAAAUAUUAUAAUAUUGAAAAUUCUUUGGAGGAUAGAAUUAUCAAAAAAAGAUUCUAAUUUAAAGGGGGUUUGAACUAGUUGUUUUAAAGCAACAUAAAACCUGACAAGAAAAAAACACAUUAGACUUUUGACUCUUAAUCUUUUCGUUACAGUGUACAACUAGCCCUGGUCUCCCCUUUACUGUAAGUUUAGUUGCAGUUUAUUAUUUGAAUUUAGCCUGGUUCUUUCUCCACUUUCUGCAACCCUAUCAGAACAGACCUGUGCACCACCAGUUGAGAACCACUGCUUUAGCAAAUCAUUUUCAUCCAUUUAAUAUUGAUCUUUAAUCUCCCUAAACUCCAGAUUGCCCAAUAACUUCCACGAGGUACAGCACUACUCCACUGAAAAGGAAGUCAGGCAUUUUGUGCUUUCAAAGAAACCUCCAGAAAAGAGGAAAUGGCAGAAAAGAAACAAGAAUGGCAAAUGUUACCUUGGCACUCUUCUGAUCUCAGAACUGCAGAUUGCGUUCUCUCACUCCACCUUCUGGCUACUCCACAGAUUUUUUUUAUUAUUAUUCUAAACUGGAUAACAUUAAAACUGUAAGCUCAAUACACCUUGGUCCUAAAAGGGGCCUUUCUCCAGAGGUCUUGUGUGUGUGAGAGAGAGAGUGUGUAUUUAUUUGUGGUGCGUAUAUGGUGUAUUUGGGAUAAAAUAAAAUAUGUGCAUUGUUUAUAACUGAAAACUGGACUUCUCCUUGUUGCGACGGGCUCAACUGGGAAGACUAGAAACUCUGGGAAAAAUACAGAUCUCAGUUGUUGAGAAAAGCACCACUGAGGAUCAGACAAGCAAAUAAAUAUUUCAUUAAAUUAAUAAUUUUAAGACAAAGUCAAGGACACUUUAUCAUUUCAUUAAGGAAAAUGUCACCCAAUAAUACACCCUGUUCAUGAAUAUUCAGAAUAUUGUUAUUACUGCUGUUAAUAUUGUGGGUAUGGUGUUAAUUAAAUUAAUUGAGGUUAUUUUAUAUCUGCGUAUUACAAAACCGGUGUCAUUCUGGACAAGGAAAGGCGAAUGGUUGGGAGAUGAUGAUGUGAAAUAGUUUGGCUAAAAGAAUUUAGGUGUUUACUGUCACAUUUUUGUCAAAUAACUUCUGUUCAAGAUAAUUUCUGUUAUUUACAAAGCCCAUAUGAUGUUAUA